GAGGAGCUGGAGGGCUCGCUCGAGCCGCCGGGCGGGCGGGCGGAGAGCUUCCCCGGCAGCAUCAGCCGCGGCUGCGUUCGCCCGGAGCCCAGAGACAGAUCGGCGGGCGGAUCGCCCGGCGGACGGACGGACGCACGCGGGCGCUCGCCAGGUGCCGGGUCAGCUCCGGCGAGGCUCCGGGCUCGGAGCGCGCGGCGGCUUCCCUGCGCCCUCGCUGCCUGCACCCGGGUCCGGCGGCCUCGCGGCCUCGCGGGUCGCUGGAGGUGCGGGAGCCGCUCUCGCCGGCCGGUCCCCCCGCGCCGAGCAGCUCGGGCCGCCGCGCCGCGGCCCCCCUGACCCCCCCAGCGGCGGCCCCGAGCCCCGCGCGCCGUGGGCUGCGCCGAGCGAGCCCCGGUGCUCCCUCCCGGGCUCCGAACUCGGGCUGCCGGGGCAAGUGUCUCUUCAUGAACCCAGAGGAUGUCCGGGAAGCACUACAAGGGCCCUGAAGUCAGUUGUUGCAUCAAAUAUUUCAUCUUUGGCUUCAAUGUCAUAUUCUGGUUUCUGGGAAUAGCAUUUCUUGGAAUUGGACUGUGGGCGUGGAAUGAAAAAGGAGUUCUGUCCAACAUCUCCUCCAUCACCGACCUCGGCGGCUUCGACCCUGUCUGGCUCUUCCUGGUGGUGGGAGGAGUGAUGUUCAUUUUGGGAUUUGCAGGGUGCAUUGGAGCUCUACGGGAAAACACUUUCCUCCUCAAGUUUUUCUCUGUGUUCCUGGGCAUCAUUUUCUUCCUGGAGCUCACUGCCGGGGUGCUGGCAUUCGUUUUCAAAGACUGGAUCAAAGACCAGCUGUACUUCUUCAUAAACAACAACAUCCGAGCGUACAGGGAUGACAUUGACUUGCAAAACCUCAUAGACUUCACCCAGGAAUAUUGGCAGUGCUGUGGGGCUUUUGGAGCUGAUGAUUGGAACCUAAAUAUUUACUUCAAUUGCACAGAUUCCAAUGCAAGUCGGGAGAGGUGCGGCGUGCCAUUCUCCUGCUGUACUAAAGACCCCGCGGAGGAUGUCAUCAACACUCAGUGUGGCUACGAUGCCAGGCAGAAACCAGAGGUCGACCAGCAGAUCGUAAUCUACACGAAAGGCUGCGUGCCCCAGUUUGAGAAGUGGCUGCAGGACAAUUUGACCAUCGUGGCCGGUGUGUUCAUAGGCAUUGCGUUGCUGCAGAUCUUUGGGAUAUGCCUGGCCCAGAACCUGGUUAGCGACAUCGAAGCAGUCAGGGCUAGCUGGUAGGGCAGGGCACCUGUCACCGCUGCAGAACACUGGACACCCAGCCUCCGCUCCCUCCAGCGGCUCGACCGUGUCCACACCGUUGGACCGUCCCCAGGGCCUCCUGCCAUCCCACCUGACGGAGCUGCCGAGAACUUGUUUUGAGGGGGAAACUGAGAAAUGCUGCUUACUGACAGAAUUAAAGAAAAAAUAACCAGUAUGAAAGUCAUUGCACCGUGAAUCUCUACUGUAGCCAUGAAUUUAUGGAUGGUUGGAUACUUAACCAAAAAAAAAGAAAAAUAGGGAGGGCGGGGAACCCGUAUGCACUUGGAGGUGUGGGGAAAGCCUUGUUGUCCUCGGGAGUGAACGGCGGGCUGGUGGCGGCAGCCUUCCCCUUCCUCACACCAUGGCCUGAAGAUGUGCAUCUUUCCUAAAACCCAGCGCCUUCCCUGUGAGGGCUGGGCCAUUGGACACUCCAUGGGACACUCCCUUCGCUGGACACUCCAAUGAGCUGUGACAGCUCGUGGCCCAAGGAGAAGACAGCUUGCCCGUGGGGUCACGUUUUGAGAUGGCAUUCAGCAAGUGACGUGCCCGGCCCAUUGGGCCCCCUGACAAGAGAAGCUGUGUGUUCCGAGUGCACAGAGCAGGACCCCGGGAGCGCUCGGUGAUGCCGGGUUGUAGCAGGACAGAUCUUUUUUCUAGGUGAGCCUGCGCUUUAUUUACCAGUGACAUUCAGGAGAACAUGAGGCUCAUGACGAGGUGUUAGUUGAAGACACCCUCACCCCAGCCACUCACGUCGGUGUUGGAUUCUUCAGAAACUCUGGGGCUUUGGCUUUUUUUUUUUUCUUCUUUCCCUUUUUUGUUUUGGUCUCCCCAAAAGCUGGCAUUUCUGUUAAGGUUUAAAGUGUUUUCUUACAAACUUGAAUAUUAAUUUUGUGUGUGUCAUCUCCCCGCAUGACCCGUGAAUCUGAACCCACCAGUUUCCCUUCCCACCAUCUCUCCGACAUGUCUAGGUGUGGUGUGGGCAGCACUGGGUGGGGGGAGGUGUGGCGAGGGCUCCUGGCUGGGAAGGACCCGCUGGGCCCACACAGAUGCAUCCAUGGACUCCACCCCUCAGCCAUAUGGGUCAUCGCCGUGGUCUCUGCUGCAUCCUGCCCCGCUCUCUCCUGGGAUGGGAGUAAACCCCUUUCCAAAACAACAUUGACACAAUCAAAAAACUUCUAGUGGGGUUUUCCCCUCAUCUGGUUUUAGUUUUACUCUUUUUUUUUUUUUUAAAGGGAAGCGUGCAUGGGCAGAGCUCUUUCUGUUCUCAUAGCGCAGAUUAACCAUCAGGAUGGCCACAAAGCACAAAUACUCCGAGGGGGACGUUGACGGGCAGGUUUUCUGAGUCUCAGGUGGAAAACCACCUCCAGGUGCUGCCACCCACCUCUGGCCUGCCUCCAGGGGGGAGGGACCCAUUUUUGCCCCCAGAUUUUAAUCCAGCCUCAUCUGCCAGGAUAUCACUCUCCUGGGGGAGCAGGUAUCAGUCUGUGGAAUGCUGGGGAAAGAAACACAGGUGUGUUUCACGGCGAUGACACAUUUGCCAAUGCGUGGCCGGGCGCCGGCGAGCACAUUUGCUGAAGCUUGAGCAAGGCUUUCCGCUUCCGCCCCUGGGGCAGCCCUGCGGCCGGUGGGCGUGUCGGUCUGGACUGAGAAAGGACAGCAGUUCUCUGAGAAACACCUGGUCUCUGGGGUUUGGGUGUGUCUGAUCUGCAUGUGCGUGUGUGUGUCUGUAUCGUUAGCGAUGUCCAUCCCAUGCUCCAGCUGUAAGAUGAUUUUAUCCCGCCUCGCCCCCACCACGCUGUCCUCCUGUGAUGUCCUUCCCACACGGAGGCUCGGCUCCCGGCCGGCGCGCUUGUCCUUCCUGUCCAUUACCUCAUCCUCCAGAGAACCCCCUCUGACCAGCUGACUCAGAACCGGGCGAGGGGCCCACCCUUCGGCACAUCCAGCGAAAGGCCAAACGGAAGUCCAAGUGAGUUUUAAAAUUUUAACGAAGCGCCCUUUAUUUUUUACACUUGAGAGUGGUUGUAAUAAAGGCUGUCAUUAAUAAACUUGGUUCUACCUU